AUGGGUUGCAUGCAGCGUCUAUUCAACGGUGUCCUUUUCUGUUUCUUCUGCUUCUUUCAAGAGGCUCUGUUGGACGGCGUGAUGGCGUGCAAAAACAUUCAUCAUACGCUCUAUGUACUCCUUUGCUUCUUCACUGGUCGAAGUCAUCUUGCCUAUCCUCGCCCUUUGGUGCAGCUGAAGAGAAAAAAAGCCGAAUUGGCGCUGUCGCGGCGCCGCAAGGCCCACUCCCCCGGAUCUCACGCCUCCUCAAGCAGCUGUACAGCGGUGGAGCGGUGGGACUCCGCUGGCGAUAGCGCCUUGUCGAGAGGGAAUGGCGGGCGGGAGGCGGGUUCCCCGUUGAUGAGGCGAACCGACUCGUUCUCGAUAGCCGAAGGUGGUACAGCACCCAAUGAAUGUUGGGUCCAACGUUGUGUGCGGCGUGGCCACAAAGGCGAGCUCUCUGAGUUGCUGCCAAGGACACGCGCGACGCCGUUGGUCUCGCCAGCGUAUCACCUUUGCCAUUCCGAGAGCCUGCACCACCUUGUGAGCAACGUCAUCGGCCCAAUUCAGCAGCCGACGGUUUCCGCGCUGCCGACGAGGCACACAACGCCCCAGUGGCCGCCGCAUUCGUCUGGUCGCCCCUUCACCAGACACGAUGACCGCCGGGGCGACAUUGGCCUCACCACCGAUGACUACAGUAGCACAACUAGCGGUCAGCGCCAUCCGCUGCGUAACACGGGUGCCUUGUCGGGCCUGGCCCAUGCCUCAGCAGACGCCAGAAGCAGUAACGUCUUCCAGACUGUCUCCACCGUUGUGUAUCGACGUGAGAGCAGUAAGCGGAUGCAGUUUGGCCGCGCCGUGGGCUCAAGGAUGCCGUUGCAACCAAUCGCCUCCAUCACCUCUCACCACGUCCUGUCGUACCAAGCUACGCGUCAGAAAGUGCUGAUCAUGGACCUCGAUGAGACACUCUGCUUUGUGUCAACAAAACUUUCCGCCUGCCGUUAUCCUCCAACUUUUUCAGAGGUUAUCCCGACCGCCACGGGGGCCGAACUCUUUUUUAUUUGGGAAAGGCCUCACGUGCGUUUAUUUCUUAGUACGCUGGCGAAGCUGUUCAAUCUUGCUCUUUUCACGUCGUCGACAAGGCCGUACGCGGACUCCAUUCUUCGUCGCCUGGACCCAGAAAGGGUCAUUAAGCGUCGUUAUUACCGACAUCACUGCGUGCAGGUCCCUCGAUCUGCGUUUCCGGGGGCGCCUGGGCAGUGCGGUGCGGCGCAGAGUGUGGGAGGGUCCCGUGAAGCGGCAUCGCAGGAUGCGGUGAGUGCGGCGACAGACGCACCACAAAGCCUCGGAACGGCUGCCGGUGAGGAUGUAGCAAGUGACCUGAUAAGUACUCUGCCUCGCUCUGCCGCCGCCGCCGCCGCCGCCGCCGCCGCAGCCAACAACGCCAAGACGUCUGACAGAGGUGAAGUUGGAAACGGCACAACACUUGUAAAGGAUCUUCGCAUCCUAAAGGUUCCACCAGAGUUAAUGGUCAUGGUGGACAACGUGGAGGAAUGUGUUUUGGCCAACCGAGAUAAUGCGCUGGUGUUGCCCCCUUUUUUCCCACCUGCAUUCGCGGGCACAGCAGACAACGCGGCAACCGACGAUGUUUUGCUCUCCCUUAUUCCUUUCCUGGAGUCCUUGCUAGUGGUACCGGACGUGCGCUCUGUACUGCGGCACGGGCGACUUCGUUGGCCUCAAAGAAGUGAAAAAUGA